UCAUGUGUUAUUACAAAGCGAAUCUAACACGGACGCGGGUAUGAAAUGUCGGUUUUGCUACAGCGGGCCGAAACACAAUCUACCGGAUUGCAAAGUAUUCAAAAAGGCACUACGAAAGGAUCGGUGGCGUCACGUAAAGCGGUACGGUAUAUGUUAUAAAUGUCUGUCACCCACGAAGCACGACAGGGAUAUUUGCCCGGCGCCUGCUUGUGAUAAAAACAAUUGCGGGCAGGCUCAUCACCGAUUGUUACAUUAUGAGAAGAGCAGUACGGGAAAUGAUAACACUACGGGCCUACACGAGUCUUCUGAACGCGAACCCACUACCGAAGCACAACAAGUAACGCACAUUAAAGAAAACAAUCGCCAGGUACUAUUAAAGGUUGUAACGGUACAAAUACACGGACCGAUGGGAACUGUAACAACUGCCGCGUUGCUCGAUGUAACGCUAAUGAACUCGGAACUAGCCGCAAGAGUGGGGCUACGCGGACAUAGAAAAACUAUGCGUGUGCGCGGCGCAUGGGACACUAAUGAGCUAGAAUGCGACAGCGAGAUAGUAAAUUUCACUGCAUCCAACAAAGACGGCCAGCUAUUUACACUUACGGCGCAUAGCGUUAGCGAUCUGAAUUUACCUGCUCAAGAUACCUCUAAUUUAGGUAUUUCUCGAUAUGGACAUAUUUCUCAAAUAAAAAAUCAACUUAAUCUUGAAUAUUAUAAGCCACAGCUGCUAAUAGGGCAAGAUAACUAUCACGUAUUAUUACCAUUACAAGUUCUAGAAGGCAAACCAGGGGAACCGUAUGCUACUCUUACUCCACUAGGAUGGUGCCUCCAUGGUUGUACCAGAACACAAUCCGUCAAUUGUUUGUUGCAUUCUACUCUGCUUCUCAGCUUCAACCACUGUGGCCUAGACACAGAAAAAGAAGACCUACUCCGUGAGAUACAUGAAGAGGUCCGACGUUCCUUCGCUAUAGACUCCUUGGGGGUCACCGCUAAACCACGAGGGAACUCUGAUGACCUACGCGCUCAAGCGCACCUGGAGAAAACGUGUAAAUUAAUACAGGGAAGGUGGUAUGUUGGUCUGCCGUGGAGAGACAGCAAUGCAAAGAUGCCUAACUCGUUUACGUACGCCAUGUCAAGGUUGAAGGGGAUAGAGAAGAAAGUGAAAGCUGACGUAGGAUAUGCUUCACGAUACAAGGAAAGAAUCGAACAUUUAUUUCAAAACAACUACGCAAAACAAGUAGUAGACAUAUCUUGGAGUCCUAGAACCUGGUACUUACCACAUUUUGGAGUCGAUAAUCCUAAUAAAAAAAAAUUGCGAUUAGUUUUCGACGCUGCGGCUAAGUUUCAAAAUGUUAGCCUUAAUGAUUACCUUUUAAAGGGCCCGGACCUGCUCGUUUCACUGCUGGGAAUAAUGAUGCGUUUUAGGGAACAUAGAAUAGGGAUAACGGGGGACAUAAAAGACAUGUUCCUCAGAAUAAAAAUCCUACCUGAAGACCAAGAUGCUUUACGAUUUUUAUGGCGAGAUACCCCUAAGGAUAAAUUAAAAGUCUACGCCAUGACAUCUUUAAUCUUUGGCGCUAACUGUUCACCGUUCAUCGCUCAAUUUAUUAAAAAUAAGAACGCACAGAGGUAUGAAUCAUCGAAGCCAGCCGCAGUAAAAGCCAUCCUGCAGCAGCACUAUAUGGACGACUAUAUCGACAGCGUUGAUAGCAUAGAAACAGCGAGGCAGUUAAUAAAGGAGGUUACUUUCAUUCACGGCGGAUUCGAAAUAAGAAACUGGACAAGCAACUUCAAAGAAGUUUUAAGUUACAUUUCAACCGAAGCCUUAGGACCUACUGCUGUAAGGUUCGAUAUUGAACAGCAUUCAGAACGCACUUUAGGUCUUAUGUGGUUUCCUAAACAAGAUACCUUAGGAUUUGACGUAUCAUUCAAGCGUAUUCCUACCAACAUAGUCGCGGGUGAAAAAAUACCUACAAAGAGAGAAAUGCUACGAGUUAUUAUGUCAAUAUUCGAUGUGUUUGGGUUCUUAUCACCAUUCACUAUUAGAGGAAAAAUAAUUCUACAAGAAACAUGGCAAUCCGGAAUUGGCUGGGAUGAAUCACUUACGGAUGAACUUUAUAUUAAGUGGACCGAAUGGCUUAAAUCGCUAAAAGGUAUCAGUCAAAUAUCUUUACCACGUCAUUAUCUCGCGGCAGCACGGGCGAGCGAGAUGGAAGACGUACCUAGUGCACUGAACAGCGGGGGCAGCGGUGUUUACGAUAAACUCGCAUUACAUGUUUUUAGCGACGCGUCAACAAAGGCGAUGUGCGCCGUCGCAUACUGGCGCUGGGAAAGGAAUGAUAAAAUAUACGUUGCUUUCAUCGCGAGUAAAUGUAAGGUGGCGCCGAUAAAACAAUCACUAUCGGUACCACGGCUUGAACUUCAGGCUGCAGUUUUGGCCGCUAGAUUGGCGGACACUAUAGUUACACAACAUAAAAUAAAACCACGAAAUAAAUACUUUUGGAGUGACUCAACUACUGUACUGCAUUGGAUAAGAAACGACGCUCGGAAUUACCAAACGUUCGUAGCGCAUCGAUUAGGGGAGAUUGAUGAACUUACCUGUUCAAGCGAAUGGCGUUAUGUGCCUACCAGGCUGAACAUAGCAGACGCUGCCACUAGGGAAGAAUGCGACAUGGCUAUAUUAGAAGGCGCAUGGCUGUACGGCCCUAGUUUUCUAUGUUGCAACGAAGCUGAUUGGCCUGAAGACCUGCUAAUAUCUAAUUCGACUGUUCAAAAUGUCACUGAAUAUGUAGCUACGAUAGGGAAAAUUACACUAUGCUUACCGGCCUGUCCUGAUCCUGAGAGGUUUUCUUCGUGGAUUCGCCUUUUGAAAUCUACAUGCAUGGUGUUGGCGUUUGUGGAUAAGCUAUGCAGGAAGCGUACCGGUGAAGUGGACGGUGCAAUGACAGACCGCGCGGAGAAGUUAUUGAUGCGGUACGCACAGGCUCAAUCAUUUGUUGAAGACCUGGAACAGCUGAAAAAAGGAAAAUCAUUAGAUAGGAAAAGUAAUUUACUUACCGUAUCACCGUUCCUCGACGAGCAGGGUGUCCUCCGGGUGGUAGGCCGCAUCGAUGCUGCGCCUGGAAUAGCAAGAGAUAUGAAGCAUCCAAUAAUCUUAGAUGGACGUCAUCCCACAGCAAGGCUUAUCAUAAUGCAUUACCAUAAAAAAUUCGCCCAUGGAAAUCACGAAACUGUAAUAAAUGAAAUAAAGCAACGAUUUUGGAUAUUGCGGCUUCGCCCAACGGUCAAAAAUAUAGUAUCAAAAUGCGUGCUAUGCCGAAUCCGCAAGGCGCGGCCGCAACCGCCAAGGAUGGGAGACUUACCGGAGGCGAGGCUAGCACACCAUCAACGACCCUUUACCUAUUGUGGGUUGGACCUCUUUGGUCCUAUGAAAAUAGCUGUCGGACGACGGCAUCAAAUAAGAUAUGGCGUGCUAUUUACAUGCAUGACUGUAAGGGCUAUUCAUAUAGAACUGGUGCAAACACUUACCACGGACUCCCUAAUAAUGGCCCUUAGAAGAAUGGCGUCGCGACGUGGCUGGCCGUCAAAUUUGCUAAUGGAUCUAACCUGA